AAAGGGCUGCAAACACCACCGCUAGCUAAACCACCAAACUCAGCAUAGCACAGCCUCCACCUCCGCCAUGAGAGAUCCGAAGCCGAGGAGAAGCCAAGCUCCCAGCCUCGCCGCCAAGCUGAGGAAGCACUCCACGUGGCUCCUCCUCCUGUGGUUCGCCCUCUCAGUCUACAUCUUCCUCUCCGCCACGCCGCCCACCGCCGCGCCGCUCCGGCGCUCCGCCUUCCUCCACCCCAAGCCUCGCGCCCUCGCCGCCACCACCGCCCACACAGCCGCCGGCGCCGCGCCCCCCGUCUGGAUCUACGUCUACGACCUCCCUGCCCGCUUCAACCGCGACUGGGUGGCCGCCGACACCCGGUGCGCGCGCCACCUCUUUGCCGCGGAGGUGGCGGUGCACGAGGCGCUGCUAGGAUACGCCGGCCGCGCCGCGCGCCCCGAGGACGCCGACCUCUUCUUCGUGCCCGUCUACGUCUCCUGCAACUUCUCCACUGUGAACGGGUUCCCGUCGCUGUCGCACGCGCGCGGGCUGCUCGCCGAGGCCGUGGACCUCGUCCGGAGGGAGAUGCCGUACUGGAACCGGUCCGCCGGAGCCGACCACGUCUUCGUCGCGUCGCACGACUUCGGCGCCUGCUUCCAUCCCAUGGAGGAUGUAGCUAUCGCCGAUGGCAUACCAGAGUUCCUGAAGAGGUCCAUCCUGCUACAGACAUUUGGCGUGCAAGGCCAACAUGUAUGCCAGGAUGUUGAGCAUGUGGUGAUCCCACCUCACGUGCCACCGGAGGUGGCUCAUGAGCUGCCGGAGCCAGAGAAGACGCAGAGGGACAUUUUUGCCUUCUUCCGAGGCAAGAUGGAGGUCCACCCCAAGAACAUUAGUGGCCACUUCUACAGCAAGAAGGUGAGGACUGAACUACUACAAAACUAUGGUCGCAAUCACAAGUUUUACCUUAAGAGAAAGCGGUUCAACAACUACCGAUCAGAGAUGGCUCGGUCAUUGUUCUGCCUCUGUCCGCUGGGAUGGGCCCCAUGGAGUCCUCGGCUUGUGGAGUCAGUCCUCCUCGGCUGCAUUCCCGUCAUAAUUGCUGAUAACAUACGUCUGCCAUUCCCUUCCAUCCUUCGCUGGCCGGACAUCUCGUUGCAGGUGGCGGAGAAGGACAUUGCCAGUCUUGAGAUGGUGCUCGACCAUGUUGUGGCAACCAAUUUGACAGUGAUACAGAAGAACUUGUGGGACCCGGUGAAGCGGAAGGCACUGGUCUUUAAUCGUCCAAUGGAAGUGGGAGAUGCUACAUGGCAAGUGUUGAGGGAGCUUGAGGUUUUGCUAGACCGGUCUCAGAGGAGGAGGUAUGUUGGAUCCUGGAGGAGGUGAAAAGACCAGAGAGAAGGUGCGUUUGUCCAAUCUGUUGCAGCUGUGCAACCAUGGCUUGCAGCUUACACAUACCAGCCGGCUGACAAAAGGAACAGUCUGAGACUUCAGCCUGGGCUCCACUGCUAACAUGGAUUUUGCUUGCCUUCAUAAUAUCAAUUUCUCACCUUCGAUCCCAACCUUUAGUGGGUCAAUGAGUGUUUUGCUAGUAGUGCUGCUCAACCUACAUUGGCCGGUUGGUGUCUAACUGGGUAUCGUAAUUUGGGGGGACAAGUUGGCAAUCUCUGUACAUGGAAAUAGUUUAUUCAUUUUAUUUAUUCUUGUGAGAAGUGUGAAGAGCCUGCUCUUCCUGCGAUAGGAUGAACAAAUAUUGUAUUAUAGGAUGAUCAUAUGUAUGAAUAUCUCUGCUGAUAUGGUUGUACAUGUAGAGUUGCUGGACUGUUCCAACUACCAGCUGACUUUCUUUUGUAAAUGGAAGGGUGUUCAGUUUUUGCA